AUGGAGGAUUGGAACACCCACCUCCACCAGGACGGCAUGCGAGCCUAUCGCGCCAAACGCGACCAAGCCCACCACACAGUCAUCUCCAAAUACUCAAUCCUUGGUUUCAUUUCAUCUGGGACAUAUGGUCGUGUAUACAAGGCGAAGAGUCUAGAUCACGAGCAAAAGAUUUAUGCUAUAAAGAAAUUCAAGCCGGACAAGGAGGGAGAUGUGGUGACGUAUACAGGUAUCAGCCAGAGUGCUAUUCGGGAGAUUGCUCUCAAUAGGGAGAUCAGCCAUGAGAACGUCGUGACACUCAAGGAAGUUAUCCUCGAAGACAAAUCCAUCUACAUGGUCUUCGAAUAUACCGAGCACGACUUUCUCCAAUUAAUCCACCACUACUCUCAGACCCUUCGCUUCACCACCACCCCUCUCGCCGUCCUCAAAUCUCUUGUUUACCAACUCUUCAACGGCCUGCUCUACCUACACAACGCCCACAUCCUCCACCGUGAUCUCAAACCUGCCAAUAUUCUCAUUACCUCAGCCGGAGUCGUCAAAAUUGGGGAUCUCGGUCUUGCACGUCUCACGAACCAGCCACUGCAGCCGCUCUUCGCCGGAGACAAGGUCGUUGUUACCAUCUGGUAUCGCGCUCCAGAGCUACUGAUGGGCGCGAAACACUAUAACAAGGCGGUAGAUUGCUGGGCCGUUGGAUGCGUAUUGGCUGAAUUAGCGAGCUUGAGGCCGAUAUUCAAGGGAGAGGAGGCAAAAUUGGAUUCGAAGAAGAAUGUACCUUUUCAGAAGGAUCAGUUGCUGAAGAUUAUUGAUGUACUGGGUACUCCUAACGAACGCGAUUGGCCGGGUAUGAAACAUAUGCCCGAAUACCAGAGCUUGAAACGACUGGACACGUCUACGUCCCGUCUUGAAUCAUGGUGCAAAGCGAAACAGCUCACUGGCUCAGGCUACGGACUCGCCGAUGAGCUUUUCGCCUACGAUCCCGACAAGCGUCUCACAGCCGAACAAGCGCUUCACCAUAGAUGGUUCAAGGAAGACCCAAAGCCGACACAAAAUGCCUUCGCCACGGUCUCUGCUGCGCAAAUGCCCCCGUACCGCCGCAUAAGCCAAGAUGAAGCGCCCUCGAUGGUACCCAACCAAUCUACACAACAAGCCCAA